CGGUGCCGCCGGCGGCUCAGUCGCUUUGGAGGAUGGCGGCGGCGACGGCGACCGCGCUUCUCGGGCUGCUGCUGCUGCUGCUGCUGGCGGCGCCCGCCGCGCUGGCGGCUCCGGGCUGGGCUGUGCCGGUGGACGUGCGCGGGGACUCGGUGCGGGAGGCGGCCCGCUUCGCCCUGGCCGAGGCUUUCCCCCAAGGGCAUCCCCGAGGACUGUGGGCGCUGCGCGGAGCCAGGACGCAGGUGGUGAAUGGAGUCAAACACUACUUGGAUGUCGUCCUGCUCCAGAGUCUGUGCAAGAGGGGUGAGAUUGCAGGCUGCAACAAUGCUUCGGGGUCUCAUCCUCUAGGAAAACCAGAACACGUGUCCUGCCACUUCGAGGUUUGGAGCCAGCCCUGGGCAAGCAACAAGAAUCUGCUUAAGCAAGACUGCCAUCCCACCGAACCAUUGGCUGAAAUCCAGGCGUCCAUGCUGGGUCCAUGGGAGACGUUUCCUCUGACCGGCCCUUUUGUGGGCGCAGCUGGGACACCUUUGAGGCAGAUGGAAUCUCUCCAGAACGCCUCCGCCCACCUGGUCUCCCUCUUCAAGGACUUUCUGACAACCUACAAGAAGAGCUACCUGGACGAAAGAGAGACCCAAAGGCGCUUCCGCAUUUUUGCCGAGAACCUGGAGAAGGCCCGUCUCUAUCAGGAACUGGAUCAGGGCACCGCAGAAUACGGAGUCACCAAAUUUAGCGACCUGACAGAGGAAGAGUUCCGUUCCAGGUACCUGAAUCCACUGCUGACAAAGCUACCUGGCCGGCCCAUGAAAGUGGCCUCCAUCCCAAAUGGUUCGUUUCCUGAGGAAUGGGACUGGCGGGAUCAUGGAGCUGUCACAGGGGUCAAAAACCAGGGCGAGUGUGGCUCCUGCUGGGCCUUUUCCGUAACGGGCAACAUAGAAGGACAGUGGUACCUUCACAAGGGUAACUUGCUCUCCCUCUCUGAGCAAGAGCUGGUGGACUGUGACCUUAUAGACAAAGCCUGUGGAGGCGGCUUGCCUUCUAACGCCUACGAGGCUAUUGAGAAGUUGGGGGGCUUGGAGACCGAGGGAGAUUACAGCUACCAAGGUUUCGAACAAAACUGUGGCUUCUCCAAGGAGAAAGUGGCCGUUUACAUCAACAGCAGCGUGGCCAUCUCCCAGGACGAGAGCGAGAUUGCAGCUUGGCUGGCCAAGAACGGUCCCAUCUCCAUUGCUCUGAACGCCUUUGCUAUGCAGUUCUACCGUAAAGGCAUUUCCCACCCCUUCUUCGUGCUCUGUAAUCCCUGGAUGAUCGACCAUGCCGUCCUCUUGGUGGGCUACGGCACACGUGGCCGAAUUCCCUUCUGGGCGAUCAAGAACAGCUGGGGUGGAAACUGGGGGGAGAAGGGCUACUACUACUUGUACCGUGGGAGCCACUCCUGUGGCAUGAACACCAUGUGCAGCUCUGCGGUGGUAAACUAGCCAGCUUCGUCCUCUCAGUCGCCUCUUUAGUGCUGGUAAUGGUAUCUGGGCAGCAUCUGCUGUGGAGUCCCACCAGUUCCGGCAGAGCCUGGCAGGCGUCCCCCGUGGGAAGCUGCAGCCCAGAGAAGUGGAGCUGAUGCCACAGGAUAGAACCUCCACACCACACCCACUUCUCCUGGGUCCAGAAUCGGCAAUGGCGUAUUUCUCGACUCUAUACCUGUGUGGAAUACGCAUCGCCCCUCUCCGUGAAUCGGCCUUUGACCUCUUCUCUCACCACUUCCACCAAAGUGAUUUUUCAAUCGUUUUUCUCCUUGUGGGCUGCAGACCUGCAAGAUCCUAAGUUUGCUUUGUUUUAACUUUGAUUAAUGUGUGUGUGUCAGCAAGUGAUUAUGAUUCUGUGUAUUGUUUGAGCAAAACAGGAUUGAAAAGGCAGCUAAUCCUUGACUUACAACCACAAUUGGGAACUGAUUUUUCGUUGCUAAGUGAGACAAAUGUUAAGCGAGUCAUGCCUGAUUUUACUAGCUUUUUGCCCAGGGCUGCUUAAGCAAAACACUGUAGUUGUUAAAUGAAUCAGGUGGUCAUUAAGUGAAUCCAGCUUUCCCCCUUUAACUUUGCUUGUUGGAGGCUGGCUGGGAAAGUCGCAGAUGGCGAUCACAGGACCCUGAGCUGCUGCAACCGUUGUAAAAAUGGACCCAAUUUGGGUGCCACAGACCCAAAUUUUGAUCACAUGACCCCGGGGAUGCUUGCAGCAUGAAUAAGACACUUUUUUUCAGUGUUUUGAGUGGCUGCCACACAAAUGGUCAUAAGUCGAGGACUACCCACAGCUAAAUUUAAGAGUUCCUAUAAGACGAGUUGGGUGUCAAACAAAUCUAUUAAAUAAAUACAUUAAAAUAGUAUUAAUGCAAACUUUUGGAACUCUGAGCUGAUCCUUGGAGCUCCAACCUCAACAAUUAUUUUUCAUUCAUUUAAGUUUUCAGAUGACAGUUCCUGCUUUUGUGCAGGAAGGUGACUUAAUAAGUUAUGGAGGACAGAAUAAAUUAUAUUCUCAUUUAAUUACAGGGGAGAGUCCUGAUUGAGAACUUCUGCCAGAAGUAUAGAGGUGUCUGUAGUGUGCUAGUUGAACGUGUGGUCUGACUUCUUGUAAUUUAACUUAAAAAAAAAAUCUGUAUUAGAGGGAUGUUCUGAGAAAUUCCUCUUCCUUGCGAGAGCCCCUUUUAGGAGCUCUGUCAGUAGGUCAACAUCAGUAUUCUUUGCUUUGCUUUGAGACCCAAUAAAAUGCACUUGUAACAAAAAUAUCUUAAUCAAAA